AUGAUGGCAGUUUUUGACACGCCUCAGGAGGCCUUUGGCUUCUUACGUCCAGUCUGUGUUCAGCUCACAAAGACCCAGACAGUGGAAAAUGUGGAACAUCUGCAGGCACAGUUACGAGUCGUCAGUGACUCUGCCCUUCAGGAACUUCAGCAGUAUGUCCUCUUCCCUCUGCGAUUUACCUUGAAGACCCCGGGUCCCAAACGAGAGCGUUUGAUUCAGAGCGUGGUGGAAUGCCUCACAUUCAUCCUCACUUCAACAUGUGUGAAGGAGCAAGAACUUCUCCAAGAACUCUUUUCAGAGCUCUCUGCUUGCCUGUAUUCACCCAACUCCGAAAAGCCUGCAGCUGUAUCAGAGGAGUUGAAAUUGGCAGUGAUCCGGGGACUUAGUACAUUAAUGCAUUCGGCUUAUGGGGACAUCAUUCUGACUUUUUAUGAGCCCUCCACUCUGCCUCGUUUAGGAUUUGCUGUAUCCUUACUGCUAGGCCUAGCAGAACAGGAGAAGUCAAAGCAAAUUAAAAUUGCUGCCUUACAGUGUUUACAGGUUCUCCUCUUUCAAUGUGAUUGUCAGGACCAUCCAAGGUCCUUAGAUGAGACUGAGCAAAAGCAGCUGGGGAAUUUGUUUGCUUCCUUUUUACCUGGCAUCUCAACUGCACUGACCAGGGUGAUCACAGGAGACUUUAAGCAGGGUCACAACAUUGUCGUAUCUUCCCUGAGGCUCUUUCACAAGACAGUGGGCUUCAUUAUGGCUGAUGAACAGCUCCAAAGAAUCUCAAAGAUCCAGGCAAAACCUGUAGUCGAGCAGAAAGUAGCAGAACUGAUGAUUCACAGGGAAGCAGAUUGGGUUAAAAAUACUGGGGCCAAGUUGACUCUCCUUAUUAAACAGAUAACUGACUGUGUUUCCAUUCACCCACACUGGAAGGUGAGACUGGAACUGGUAGAACUUGUCAAGACCCUUCUUUUGAAAUGCAGUCAGUCACUGACGGAAUCUACUGGUCCCCUUCUGAAGGCUUUGGUGGGUCUGGUGAAUGAUGAGAGUCCUGAAGUCCAAGCCGAAUGCAAUGAAGUUCUGAGACAUUUUGCUGAUCAGAAGGUAGUAGUGGGCAACAGAGUCUUUGCUGACAUCUUGUCAGAAAACCUGCAUUCCCUUGCUACUUCUCUUCCCCGACUAAUGAACUCCCAAGAUGAUCAAGGAAAAUUCUCUACUCUUUCCUUGUUACUUGGUUAUCUGAAACUCUUGGGCCCCAAAGUAAACUUUGUCCUCAACUCUGUGGCCCAUCUGCAGCGCCUUUCCAAAGCACUCAUCCAAGUUCUAGAACUCGACGUGACUGGCAUCAAAGUUGUUGAAGAGCGGGGUUGGAACUAUGAUGAUCUGAAUGCUUCUGCAAAGACCUCAGCUGCACGGCCAUGGAAUCAAAUCCAGAGGAGAUAUUUCCGCUUCUUUAUGGAUGAGAGGGUUUUCCUGCUCUUACGGCAGAUCUGUCAGCUUCUUGGUUUUUACGGGAACCUCUGUUUACUUGUGGACCACUUUAUGGAACUGUACCGUGAAUCUGUGGUUUACCGAAAGCAAGCCGCCAUGAUCCUUACCGAACUCGUUGUAGGAGCUGCUGGGCUGGAGGUGGAUGAUCUUCAUAAAAAGCAUAUUCAAACAAGCCCAGAGGAACUGAGAGAGAUCGUGACAUCUAUCCUUGAAGAAUACACAAGCCAAGAAAACUGGUACUUGGUUACCUGCCUGGAGGCUGAAGAAAUGGGAGAGGAGCUAAUGAUGAAGCAGUCAAGCCUCCAGGCCAUCACAGCUGGUGCACACACUUGCCAAGUCACAUCUCUUCCAGCCUUACCAAAGCCAAGUGCUACUAUUUGCUCCAUGAACAGCAACAUCUGGCAAAUAUGCAUCCAGUUGGAAGGGAUUGGCCACUUUGCGUAUGCACUAGGAAACGAUUUUCGCAUGCUCUUAAUGUCAGUUCUCUAUCCCAUACUGGAGAAGGCUGGAGACCAAACCCUGCUUAUCCGUCAGGCAGCUACCAGAGCUAUGGUGGGCGUGUGCCAUGCAUGUGGCUACAACUCCGUGCAGCACCUAAUCAAUCAGAAUUCAGACUACUUGGUGAAUGGGAUCUCGUUAAAUCUGCGUCAUCUAGCUCAGCACCCGCACACCCCAAAGGUCUUGGAAGUCAUGCUGAAAAACUCUGAUGCCAGCCUACUUCCUUUGGUGGCAGAUGUGGUUCAAGACGUAUUGACCACCCUGGACCAGUUUUACGAUCAGAGAGCAACUUCCUUCGUCAGUGUUCUGCACGCCCUGCUGGCUGCAUUAGCCCAGUGGUUCCCAGACACACAACAACUCCCAGAGCAGAGUUUGGGGAAAGAGGGAAGUCAUUUGAGCCAAAGACCAGCAACUCUUAAGAAAGGACUUGAGAAUACCACCACAGAUGAAGACAUUGAACAGUUUUUGCUGAACUACCUCAAAGAAAAGGAUGUGGCAGAUGGAAAUGUCUUGGAUUUUGAUGAUGAUGAAGAGGAGCCGACAGCCCCUCCCAAAGUCGAUGAGAGUGACACACAGCCCGAUGUGGAGCCACCACUGCCGAUGCAGAUCCAAAUAGCCAAGGACGUGCUGGAGCGCUGCAUCCACUUGUUGUCGGAUCAAAACCUGAAAAUCCGCUUGAAGAUGUUGGAUGUGCUGGACUUGUGUGUGGUGGUUCUGCAGUCCCACAAGAACCAGCUUCUUCCCUUGGCUCAUCGGGUCUGGCCCUCGCUUGUUCACCGCCUCACGAAUGAUGACCCCCUGGCAGUUCUCAGAGCCUUCAAGGUUUUGCGUACCCUGGGAGGCAAGUGUGGCGAUUUUCUAAGAAGCAGGUUCUGCAAAGAUGUCCUGCCAAAGCUGGCUGGCUCCUUAGUCACCCAGGCUCCCAUCAGUGCCAGGGCUGGACCUGUUUAUUCCCACAUGCUGGCCUUCAAGUUGCAGCUGGCUGUCUUGCAGGGCCUGGGCCCCCUCUGUGAGAGCCUGGAACUAGGUGAGGGUGACCUGAAUAAAGUGGCCGAUGCCUGCUUGAUUUACCUCAGCGCCAAACAGCCCGUGAAAUUACAAGAGGCUGCCAGGAGCAUUUUCCUCCAUCUGAUGAAGGUAGACCCGGACUCCACCUGGUUCCUCCUGAAUGAACUUUACUGCCCCCAAGAGCUCACACCUCCACACCCCAGUCUCUACCCUGUGCGGCUGCGGGGGGCACUGGGGCAGCAGAACCCCUAUACAGGCAACGUGCAGUGCCUGCUCAAAGAGCUGCAGUGA